AUGUAUGUGAGAAAUGAUAACCGAACUCNGCUCGGAAAUUACGAAUGCCAGGCUUUUGCAAAGGGUGAUGUAAAAUUUACUGAUCGACUCGGCUUUUCCGUUGCUGUCAUACAAAGAUCAGAAAUUCCCAAAGUUGUUAUUUCUCGAGCUGGUGUUCCAGAACAUAACGGUAACAUCAUCUUAAUCUGCGACAUUAUCGAGAGAGGCGACAAGGUAGGAACCACACUGACGAGUAUCUCAUGGUUUAAGGAUGGAGUGGUGUUGUCUAAAUCAACCAGAUAUCCGGUUGAUCUAGACAGCUUUCCUCUCUUUCUUCAAGAACUUAACGAAAGUGACAAGGGGAACUACACCUGUGUUCUUGAAGCGCUGUUGCGGAAUACCUUGAAGUACAAUGUGACGGAUCACAUUCUCAUUGAAGUAAACGCCCCACCAUUAAAGUGUUACAGAUGUGUAGGCUCAGGCCAGGAUUGCCGUGAUGAAGUGCUGUCCAAAAAUAGCAGCUCCCAAGUGGUUUGUGAAGGCAACGAAGACCGUUGUGUUUGGGUUUACCAAAGAAAAAACAGUAGCCUUGACAGCUUCGGUAUGGGAUGCCAUAGUGCACGAUUCUGCGAGAAGCUUCCUCAAAUAUGUCACGAUGUACUGAGUUCUAAUGAAGACGAAUGCUGUGAUGGUUCCUGUUGCGACUCUGACUUUUGCAACAAACUGAAGUAUACAGAUGGACGAUUCUGUAAGAGGACACAAAAUCUCGUGGCAGCCAUCUACGGAGGGGUGGAAGUCAUCCGAGGGGUCACUGAGAACAUUACGAUGAACGGUUCGCUAUCUUAUGACCCCGAAACUGGUGAUAACGAAGGAAUGAACUUUACUUGGCGCUACGGUACAAUACCAAGAAGCAACCAUUCCAGUCUUCAGUUCCUGACACAAGGCUCAUUUACGCAUGUAAAUGGUUCAGCCAUAAAAAAUACAGGGACAAGCUUCGGUCGCACUAGUUCGAUCAACUCUAAUUUUACAAACGAAAAUGAUACGUUAAUUAUCAAAUUGACCGUAGCUAAAGACUAUCGCACCUCAAGCGUUAUUCAAGUCGUUCAUCUUGUGGAAGGAAGUCCACCUAGAAUAUAUCAAAGAUGUCUCAUCAAUUGCGGUCCAAAGGUGGUACCCUCCGUCAAACUGAGCAUUGAAUCGAUUUGCCAAGGAUACCAGUGCUCCAACAUAUCAUCAUAUCAUUGGAUGCUCUACCAAAGAGACAAAUCCAAUCCUACUGUAUGGAACCAUUGUAAUGAUUUGCAUUUGAUGACGAGCACACCACUCAAUUCAAGCAGACUUGUCAUAAAGGAGAACUCAUUCAACAGUGGAAUGAACUACCGAUUGGCAAUAGUUGUUACAAGUGAAAACAGCUUUGCAGGAAUCAGUGCCUAUGAUAUUUUAACGUCAUCUCCCCCAGUGGGAGGUACCUGUUCCAUAGAACCUUCGUCAGGGAUAGCAUUAAGAACUUACUUCACUCUGAGUUGCAGCGGGUGGACUAGUUCCAACACCCCUUUGUCCUAUCAGUUUCAAUUACAACUUUUUCAUGGGCUCACCAGUGUGGUAUACCAUGGUUUGAAUACAUCAGUUGAGUCUCUAUUGCCAUCUGGAGACUUGUCACAAAAUUUCACGUUGAAGUUAAAUGUUACUGUGAUCGAUAGCAAUGGUGCAUCUGCUACAUACGCAAACUUGUCUGUCCAGAUUAAGCCAUUCAAGGACAUUAAUUCCGAGACCAUCAAAAAGCACCUGGAUGAUUUAGAUGACCUUAACAAAGCAGAUGACCUUAACAAAGCAGUGCAAAUUGCAAAUACCGUGUUAAAAGCAAUUUCAAGUUUGCCUACUUUACAGCAAAGCGAAAUAAUAAAGGCCAAAGAAUUGAUUGUGGCGAAGAUUGCUACCUUUCAAGUGAGAAACCUCCCAGACCUUUUGCAAAGUUCCUCAGUGUUUGGUUCAGCCACUCGAGAUAGAGAAACAGUGUCUACAAAAACGCUGUUCAUUUCGUUAGCUGCAAUCGACUCGAUGACUUCAUUCCUGAUGUCCAAAGCGAAAGCGAAGAAUGUAAAUGACAUACCACUGAUUACGAGUUCAGCUAAAAACCUGGGUUUCUGUCUGAACAACAAGUUAAAGAUUGGAGCAGUUAUGGCGUCUGGAACGUCCGUGCCUUUACAGGGACGACAAGUGGUUAAACGGUGCAUGCAGCUUCUAAGCACUGUAAGUGAUGCGAUACUUGCAGUGAGACUCCCAGAUGAGGAAGCUAUAUCUAUCCAGACGAGUGAUUUGUCCUUCACAUUAGGGCGGUAUACACCGGCUAGACUUAGUGGAUUGAAGAUUAAAAGUGAUCAUGGAAACUUCGUUUUGCCUGUGGAUAGUAACGCUUUGGUCUUCCAGGUCGCCAACAAUGAUUUUGUGGAUGCUCAGAUGUUAUCCAUAGCAUUUAAUCCUUUCACUUGGGACCGCACAAGAGAGCGAGUCAAUUCCUAUGUAUUAUCCUUGGACUUAAAAGAUGAUCAGCAAAAGGUUAUGGAAAUUUCUGAACUUUCAAGUGACGUUGACAUCGAGAUGACACCAAAACCCCAGAACUACCCUUUACAAAAGUCGCCCUUCUUCACAAAUAAUAACUCUCCUCGCUUUCAUGAGAUGAAAGUUGAUUACGAAAAUACAGUGGUACAACUUGAUAUUACACCCGACGACGCGCUUGUAAAUUUGGUUUUAUACAUCAGAUUUGGUCAACGACCAACCCUCAAAGAACAUGACCUCAAUGCCACUGCAUCCAGCUAUGAAAGAUGUAUUUGGACGAAAAUGAAGGAAAACCUCGAAGGGAAAAAUGGUUGUUAUUCCAACCGUUUAAUUGAAGUUCUUGCCAAGAGACCCGGAAUGUACUACUUAGCACUGUUAAGCGAUAGCAACAUUACUAAAUCCCAAAAGAGACAGAAACGUUCAUGUUUUGGCCAACGACGGCAAAGAAGAGCCUGUGUUGAUACAAAAAGUCCCCCUCCUACCCCACCUCAAAGUGAAAAUGUAAGUGUUGUGCCUGUUUAUGAUCCGAGCACUGAUCACAACUACACUUUGAGAGUGGCAAUGGGAAGCUGCGUUUAUUGGUCAGACAGGAAGCAGAUGUGGAUAACAGACGGCUGCCGGUUUCUAUCUGCUACCUUGAACGGAUCUCUCAAGUGUUCCUGUAACCAUUUGACGUCAUUCGGAGGAAGCCUUGUUGUCAAACCUAAUCCAAUCGAUUUCGACAAAGUCCUUGUAGAAUUCAAGAAGCUCGAUGAAACGGGAAAUGUGGCCGUUAUUGUGACAGUAAUGGUAGCAUUUAUGGUUUAUUUUCUUGUACUUCUUCUGGCCAGAAGAACGGACAAAAGGGAUGCCGCAAGGACAUCGCCUAGAAGACAACUUCCAACGUCAUCAAGUAACACAUACGAAUAUGAAAUAACUGUUACAACUGGGAUCUGGUGGAAUUCUGGUACAACAGCCAAGGUUGCCAUGGAGAUACAUGGUGCCGAAGGAAGGAGUGGGAUUAUACAGCUUGGUACUGAAUCCGGCUCGAAUGACUCACUGUUUUAUCGAGGAAGCUCGGAGGUCUUUGUUCUCACUGUUGACAAAUCCCUGGGUUUUAUACAUGGUGUGCGAGUGGGACACGAUAACUCUGGAACAAGUCCGUCCUGGUUUCUUGAAGAUAUUGUCAUUAUGGACAAACAAACCCAAACAUCGUGGACGUUUGCAAACAACAAGUGGUUAGCUCUUGAGCGAGGCGACGGACGAAUAGAGAGAAUGUUAAAGCUAUUGGUGAAUGACGACACUUUCAAAACCAAUGUGUUAAAACGAUGGUGGAAGGGUCUUACAGAGAAACACAUUUGGGUGUCAGUGUUAGCGAAACCACCAAGAGAUCCUUUCUCAAGAGUGCAACGUGCAUCAUGCUGUCUUUCAAUACUUCUGUCAGCCAUGCUUGCAAAUGCUAUGUUUUAUGAUCUGACCGGAAAAUCCGAACAAGUCAUUCAAGUCGGGCCAUUGAAGUUUUCUUGGAGACAGGUUGUUAUUGGAGUUCAAAGCACCCUUGUUGUGGCACCGAUAAACAUUCUUAUUGCAUUCUUGUUCCAAAAGGGGAGCUCGAGAACGACUAAUCAACUGCCGCGUAGAUGUUGUGUACAUAAUUUGAAUGUUUACAUUGCUUGGUUUCUCUGUUUUUGCACCUGUGUUGUUUCUGCGACAUUUUCGAUAUUUUAUAGCCUUGUUUGGGGAAAAAGCCUAAGUGAACAGUGGUUGUCUUCGAUGCUUAUAUCAUUUUCCCAAGAUGUCACUGUCAAUGAACCUGCUAAAGUACUUGCUGCAGCUGUAUUGCUGGCAGUCAUUAUAAGGUUGAAGAGGGGUAACAGCGAAGGUUACUCAAUCCUUGCAGAAACUAGUGCUCAAAAUAUCCAGUGCUCAAAAGAAAGGAUAUGGACCAUAAAUAUAUCCGAAGUAGAGGCAAUGAGAAGACGUCAGACGAAGAAACAGAACAUCUCUCGUUUCUACAUCGAGCUCAUUGUUUACUGUACGUUUGUUUUUAUUUUGAUGGUGGUAUGUUAUGGAAGUAAAAAUGAUCACCAGUAUUUAUUGGCGAAGUCAACCCGUGACGGCCUACAAGGUUUCCACACGGUUUUCAACAACUCUCUUUACUGGAAUUGGCUGCGUACUGUUUUCCUGCCUGGCGUUUAUGCUGGAGUGUGGUACAAUAGACAAGUGGAAAAACAAAGUAUAUAUAUUGGCAACAAGCGUUCAGUUCUUGUUGGAAUGCCUCAAUUAAGGCAACUAAGAGUCAAACCAAAGCCUUGCGAAGUUUUGGACCACAUGAAGCCAACCUUCCCUGUAUGCUAUGAUGUGUACUCAGACAAAAACGAAGACACGACGCCUUUCCACAAACCGGGUUGGAUCCCAUUCGACAAUUCUACGACGAAAGACGAACUAUUCCGGCUCUGUCCGAAGCCAUGGCGAUAUGAGAAGCCUGGACAAACCGAUGUAGUACCGAAGUGGGGACAGUUUUCCCUGUACCCUGGAGGAGGAUUCAUAGCUGAUCUUGGCUAUGAUAUUAAAACCGCGCUCGUCAUACUUGAGACAUUACAAAGACAAAACUGGUUGGACCUGCAAUCACGCUCUGUCAUUUUAGAGUUCGCUGCUUUUAACCCUUCUACAAAUUUCAUAGUUGUUGCCACUUAUUUCUACGAAAUCCAAUCGUCCAGUUACAGAGCACCAUUGGAGAAGAUCAACAUUAUCUCUGUGUAUUCCAAGGAAACUGGAUCGCAUCAAUUUUAUCUAGUUUGUGUACUAUUACUCAUCAUAUUCGUCUUACUUUAUGUGGGAAGAACAUGCUACAGAGUUUAUCAGCUACGAUCAGGAUUUUUCAAAUCCUUCUGGAAUUGGAUGGAAAUCUUUCAAGUUUUAGUAUCAGUACUUGCUGUGGUAAUGAACAUUGUCCGAUCAGCCAAAGCCGUCUCGACAGUUAGAAAGCUGAAAGAAAACGUUUACGCAAAUGCAACUUUCCAAGAAGUCAUCGCCUGGACAGAGGCCGAAAAUGGCGUCUUAGGUAUUCUGGUCUUCAUAGUAACAUUGAAACUUUUACGGCUUAUCCGUUUCAACGCGCAUGUUGCUGUAUUUUCGAGAACGUUGAAAAUAUCUUCAAAGCUUCUUCGUUCUUAUACGGCAGUCCUUGCAGUUGGCUUCAUGGCAUUUCUUCAUUUUGGCGUUCUUAUCUUCGGCACUGGGUCUGAAAAAUAUUCCUCGAUCCUGAAAGCCACAUAUUUCCAGCUAGAAUUAAUCUUAGGCCGAGUCAAGGCAAGACCCAUCAACCAGUUAUCAGAUGCAAAUGAUACAUUUGGCAGAAUAUUUGCGGCUCUGCUCCUUAUAAGCCUCACUAUUAUGUUCAUGAACUUUUUUAUUGCUGCAAUAAACGAUGCACUGUCAGAUGCGAGGACCGCUGUAACUCAGAACGAACUUCAUGCCCUUGUAGAUGAGCGUAACUCUACCAAUGACAAUAAUAGGAUGUUUUUUGAGGCUGUUAGCCAAUUCCUGAAGCAGCGAUCUUUAAAACGCAAACUUUCACUAUCGUAUGACAAAGGUCUAUACAAACACACCCUCAACUCCAGCGUCAACACGACAGUUGAUUUUGACUCGGUUAGAAGCCCAUUUCACGAGUCGAGGCAAAACAGAAAUCGAGAAUCAUCCCAACCAGAACCGAGUACCACGAAAAGGAAAUCAUUCUAUGAUGGAGUCAGUGACGCCAUUCGACAGCUCAGGCAAGCGCGUGGCAUGGGGAUUGUUACAAUACUGCGGAUAAACAAGCUUCGGAGGAAGGAAACAGAAUUGUUUGGCCUGUUAGAUGAGAUUGUUCAGGGUUACUCGGAAGAGGAAGAUACUUUUAUUGAUAUUUGCAACCAGAUGAAAUUAAAUCAUCUGUAAAAGACUAAUAGCACUGGGAAACGAAGGCCAAAUUACCAGCGUCAAGUGAUAGCCAUUGUCCAGACCCAAAGAAAUUUUUCAAGACCUGUUCAGACAUUUAAAACAUUUAACAAAAAAGCGUAUCUUUAAUUAAAUCAGCAAGUCCAAGUAAAAUUCUACAUAACAGACAGAAAGACAAAAACCCACUAAUCAUAGCUCAGUUGUGUUCUAUGAAUAUCAUUACGAGAGUUCAGUUACAAAAGAUGUUUGAAGUGAUAAACUGUUAUCCAAAAUGAAACCUUUGGUAAUAAAACCACCUGAGUACUUGUGAAAA